AUGGGAUGCGUACUGGGGCAACAUGAUGAAACAGGAAAAAAGGAGCAUGCCAUUUAUUAUCUAAGUAAAAAAUUUACAGAUGUUGAAACAAGAUAUACGAUGUUAGAACGUACUUGUUGUGCCUUAGCCUGGACGGCUCAUCGCUUGAGGCAAUACAUGCUUUGCCAUACAACUUAUUUGAUAUCCAAAAUAGAUCCAAUCAAGUACAUUUUUGAAAAGCCCGCUCUCACAGGGCGAAUUGCUCGAUGGCAGGUGAUGUUAUUAGAAUAUGAUAUUACCUAUGUUACUCAGAAAGCCAUCAAAGGGAGUGCCUUAGCAGAUUAUCUAGCUAAUCAACCUGUUGAUGAUUAUAAAUCAAUGCAAUGUGAAUUCCCAGAAGAAAAUAUCAUGGUUUUGUUUGAAGAAUAUGAUGAUGGAAAAUGGACCUUGUUGUUCGACGGGGCCUCAAACAUAAUGGGGCAUGGGAUUGGGGUUGUUUUAAUAUCUCCAAAAGAAAAGUUCAUACCUAUCACAGCGCGAUUGUGUUUUGAUUGUACCAAUAAUAUGGCAGAAUAUGAAGCUUGUGCCAUGGGAGUUUUGGGUGCUUUGGAAUCAAAAGCAAAAGUUCUAGAAGUAUAUGGAGAUUCAGCCAUAGUCAUUAACCAGCUUAACCAAGAAUGGGAAACUCGAGAUAAGAAGUUAAUACAUUAUUUUACCUACAUAAAAGAAUUGUCUUUAGAAUUUGACAAAAUCACGUUUCACCAUGUCCCUCGAGAAGACAAUCAAUUGGUUGAUGCUUUGGCUACUUUAUCAUCUAUGUUCAAAAUGAAUCAAAACGAUGAAAUCCCAUCAAUUAAAAUGGAGAGUCGAGAUUAUCCAGCCUACUGCCAUGUCAUGGAAGAAGAAACUGACGGAAAACCGUGGUAUCACGACAUCAAACAUUAUCUUAUAAAUAGAGAAUAUCCUCCCGGAAUAUUGGAGAAUGAGAAAAGAAAUUUGAGAUGGUUAUCCGCGAGCUUUUUUGUGAACGAAAAUAUUUUGUAUAAGAGGAAUCACGAUAUGGUACUCCUCAGAUGUGUUGAUGUUAAUGAGGCGAAGGAAAUUCUACAAGAUAUCCACGAUGGCUCUUAUGGGAUCCAUAUGAAUGGACACGCCAUGUCUAGAAAGAUUCUUCGGGCCGGAUAUUAUUGGCUCACCCUAGAAAAAGAUUGUUAUAAUUAUGUAAAGAAAUGUUAUAAAUGUCAAAUAUAUGCUGAUAAUAUCCACGCCCCACCAGUGCCCCUGAACACCCUUUCAGUGCCCUAA